AUGUCACAUCUGCUGUGCCACAUGCCAGGGAUUGCACCUCAUUGUGCUGCCCCCAUUACAGAUGAGCUGGUCGGCUAUCCGGACACCACCGCCGACCCGACACUUCCAUAUGUGCUCGUGCAUUCUCACUCGCAGAAAAAUCUCGACAGAACAGGCGAGAUUGCGCAACAGGCCAGAACAGAGUUCAUGAGCGCUACCUACGCUCAGAUACAUGUAUUCUUGCAAAGGAUAUGUGAGGAUAAGGAGACCGCACGCCGCAUUCCUUCGAGUUUCUUCAUGGUCCUCGACGAUAAGUCGAAAGAAGAUCGCCACGUGGUGCUCAUUUUAUACAUGUCAAAGCCGGGGGAUGAAGGAGACGAGUUCUUGCAGAACACGACACGAGAGAAUCUGGACUAG